AAGCUUGUCGUUUUUAUUUGGCGAUAUUUUGCUUGAGUCGUUUUGGUUUUGAUCCUUAUCAGUUUACAAUUAACGUUAAUUUUUGUUCAUUGACCGUUUUUGUCCUUUUCUCAUCAGUUUACAAUUAACGUUAAUUUUUUCUCAUCAGUUUACAACUGCCGCUGUUAUUUUAUCGUGAAAAUGUCGGCCAAGAAUUAACGUUAAUUUUGCUUGAUUGGUGGUCUUGGCAGCUGACACUGAGUGUUGUGAGAUGGAGAGGGGUAAGAGGUGGUGGAGGGUGAAACAGAAGGAGGACUUGGCGUCCCUUCUGCGGAAAUCAUGGUACCAUCUGAGGUUGUCGGUGCGAGACCCGUGUCGGGUUCCAACGUGGGAUGCCAUUGUGCUCACCGCCGCUAGCCCCGAACAAGCUCAAUUGUACAACUGGCAGCUGGAGCGGGCCAAGCGGAUGGGUCGGAUCUCUGCCUCCACCGUCACCCUCGCCGUCCCCGACCCUCUCGGCCAAAGGAUCGGAUCCGGCGCCGCCACUCUCAAUGCCAUCCAUGCCCUCGCUCGCUGCAUUAAUACAAAUGUUUUUCUUUUGGCGAAGAAGCAUAUACUGUUGCUGCAUGCUGGAGGUGAUUCAAAACGGGUUCCGUGGGCAAAUCCUAUGGGGAAAGUGUUCCUGCCGCUUCCUUAUUUGGCUUCAGAUGACCCUGAUGGCCCCGUUCCCCUUCUCUUCGACCAUAUACUUGCUAUUGCUUCUUGUGCAAGACAAGCUUUUGGAAAUCAAGGUGGAAUGCUAACCAUGACUGGUGAUGUACUCCCAUGUUUUGAUGCAUCCCUUAUGACUCUUCCUGUGGACACUUCUUGCAUCAUCACUGUUCCAAUCACCCUUGAUGUUGCUGCAAACCAUGGAGUAAUUGUUGCGGCUGAAACUGAGCAUUCAACUCAAAGUUAUGCAGUCAGUUUAGUAGACAAUCUCCUGCAGAAACCUUCUGUAGAUGAGCUAGUUAAAAGUAAGGCAGUUUUAGCUGAUGGUAGAACACUUCUUGAUACUGGAAUAAUAGCAGUUAGAGGUAAGGCAUGGUUGGAGCUUGUUACACUCGCAUGUUCCUGCCAGCAAAUGAUUUCAGAGCUCCUGCAGAGCAAAAAAGAGAUGAGUUUAUAUGAAGAUCUGGUUGCUGCCUGGGUACCUGCAAAGCAUGAGUGGCUGAGAAAGCGUCCUUUGGGUGAAGAACUGGUCAAUAAAUUGGGAAAGAGGAAGAUGUUCAGCUACUGUGCCUAUGAUCUGUUGUUCUUGCAUUUUGGCACCUCGAAUGAAGUUUUAGAGCAACUUAGUGGUGUUGGUUCAGAACUGGUUGGUAGAAGACAUCUAUGUUCUAUUCCAGCAACCACUGCAUCUGAUAUUACAGCAUCUGCUAUUAUUCUUUCUAGUAAAAUUGCUCCUGGUGUCUCAAUUGGGGAAGAUUCUCUCAUAUAUGAUUCAUCCAUUUGUGGUGGAAUACAUAUUGGCUCCUUAUGUAUAGUGGUUGGUGUGAAUAUCUCUCUAGACAACCUUUUAAGUGUUGAAAAUUCAAUCAAGUUCAUGCUUCCAGAUCGCCAUUGUCUUUGGGAGGUUCCCUUGAUUGGAAAUAGGGAGCUGGUCCUAGUAUAUUGUGGCCUUCAUGAUAACCCCAAAAGUUCACUUUCUAAAGAUGGUACAUUUUGUGGGAAACCUUGGAAGAAAAUUUUACAUGAUUUAGGUAUUCAAGAAAGUGACUUAUGGGGCUCCUCAGGCCCUGAAAAGUAUUUAUGGAAUUCAAAAAUUUUCCCCAUACUUCCUUAUGCCCAAAUGGUCGAGGUAGCAAUGUGGUUGAUGGGCUUAGCCAAUGAAAAAAGUGAAUCCAUGCUUCCUUUAUGGAAAUAUUCCCGGCGCAUCAGUUUGGAGGAAUUGCAUAGAUCAAUUGAUUUUUCAAGAAUAUGUAUAGAUUCUAGUAAUCAUCAAGCUGAUCUUGUGGCGGGAAUUGCAAAAGCUUGCAUCAGCUAUGGAAUGCUGGGGCGCAAUUUGUCGCAGUUAUGCGAAGAAAUUCUUCAAAAGGAGGGUUCUGGAGUUGAAAUAUGUAAGGAAUUCUUAGCUAUGUGUCCAAUAGUUCAGGAGCAAAACUCUAAUAUACUUCCCCAAAGCCGGGCAUAUCAGGUGCAAGUUGAUCUUCUUCGUGCUUGCAAUGAUGAAGGGAUGGCAUGCGAGUUGGAGCACAAAGUUUGGGCUGCUGUGGCUGAUGAAACUGCGUCAGCAGUAAGAUAUGGAUUCAAAGAACAUUUAUCAGAGUCUCCUGGUAGCAUUUCCUGUCAGGAGUUCCAGAAUAAUCAUCAUGAUAACUGCACUCAUCUUCCUUUCCAUCCUAGAAGGGUAAAAGUAGAAUUACCAGUUCGCGUAGAUUUUGUUGGGGGUUGGAGUGAUACCCCUCCAUGGAGCAUUGAACGUGCUGGAUGUGUUUUGAAUAUGGCAAUAAGCUUGGAAGGUUCUCCUCCAAUUGGCACCAUCAUAGAGACAACUAAAGCAGAAGGAAUAUUAUUUACUGAUGAUGCAGAGAACCAGUUAUUUGUUGGAGAUUAUAAGUCUAUUUGCGCACCAUUUGAUGGAGAUGACCCAUUUCGGCUGGUCAAAUCUGCAUUACUUGUGACUGGAAUUAUUCAUGACAACAUUCUUGUAGAUAUGGGCAUGCACAUCAAAACAUGGGCCAAUGUCCCCCGGGGCAGUGGAUUGGGUACUUCUAGUAUCUUAGCUGCUGCAGUGGUUAAAGGGCUUCUCCAAAUAAUUGAUGGGGAUGACAGCACGGAGAAUGUUGCUAGACUUGUUUUAGUGUUAGAACAACUUAUGGGUACUGGAGGUGGCUGGCAGGACCAAAUAGGGGGUUUGUACCCAGGGAUUAAAUGUACUUCGAGCUUUCCUGGAAUUCCACUGCGGCUUCAAGUUGUCCCUCUUUUGGCUUCACCUCAGUUGAUUUCCGAGUUGCAGCAACGGCUUCUUGUGGUAUUUACUGGUCAAGUUCGACUUGCACAUAAGGUGCUGCAGAAGGUGGUUGUUAGAUAUCUUCGCCGGGAUAACCUUCUUGUGUCGAGCAUCAAGCGCCUUGCUGAACUGGCGAAGAUUGGGAGAGAAGCUUUGAUGAACUGUGACGUAGAUGAACUUGGUGAGAUCAUUCUGGAGGCUUGGAGAUUGCAUCAGGAACUUGACCCUUACUGCAGCAACGAGUUUAUUGACAGACUAUUUUCUUUUGCCACUCCUUACUGCUGUGGCUACAAGCUGGUUGGAGCUGGUGGUGGGGGCUUUGCCCUGUUACUUGCAAAAGAUGCACAGCUUGCCAAGGAACUGAGGCGGAGACUAGAAGAUGAGAAACAUUUUGAAGUCAAAGUAUAUGAUUGGCAGAUAUUCCUAUAGUGCUAGAAUGAGUUGUAUUGUUGUUGAUCCAAUUUAUUUUACCAUUCUUUGUAUAUUCUACCCAUAUAUUGAAUUGGGGUCCGUUCUCUUGAGAGAGAUUAUAUCUCUUAAUGUAUUCUUACUGAAUAAGAUCUGUUAUUCUUAAGGACUUAAUUAUGUUUAUCUUAUUUGUAUUUUAAAAUAUUUAACAUGA